CGGAAGUCCAAGGAUGGUUAGAGCCACAAGUGAGCGGACAAAAUCUCACAGCAAGAACCAUGCAUGCUGACACUUUUUGCUAUCGAACCAUAGAAUCAAACUCCACGGCCUGAUGAAGAGUUCACCAAUCUCCAGUGCAAAUGGUUGAUAUCAUUGCGCUUGAUGCCAAUCUGCUAUCAUCGACAAGAACAACACUCACUAAAAUCUUGUGUAAUCGAAUUACGUCUCUUGCUUCUUCGCAUAAACAAAGCCACUCUUCUCUAUUUCUUGCGUCCCUCAACCACUUAAGUCCUGCGCUGGUACGUUUGGCGACAACAAUCCCAGUCCAUGAUCAAUCGAUCAAUGGCUGCCACCAUCGUCUUCAUCCCGUGCUGGGAAUCCGGCCACUUCAUGUCCAUGAUCGCGGCCGGCAAGCGGAUGCUCGACGCCGGCGGCGGCGCCCUCUCCCUGACCGUGCUGGUCAUGCGGGCACCCACGGCGGCCAAGGCUUCCGAGGUCGACGACCACGUACGCCGUGAGGCGGCGUCCGGCCUUGACAUCAGCUUCCGGAACCUCCCCACCGUCGAGCAGCCGACCGGCUGCGUCGCCCCCGAGGAGUUCAACUUCAGGUACACCCAACUCCACGCGCCCCACGUCGAGGAGGCCAUAGCCGGGCUGGCAUCUCCCGUGGCAGCGCUCGUCGUCGACCUCUUCUGCACGCCCCUGCUCGACGUGGCCGCCGAGGCCGAGCUCGCCGUGCCCCGGUACGUGUACUUCGCCUCCACGGGCGCGUUCCUCGCGCUCAUGCUGCGCCUGCCGGCGUUCCGUGAGGACCUCACCGCCAGGCUCAGGGGGACGGAAGGCGCGGUGCACGUGCCGGGCUUGCCACCGGUGCCGCUGCCCUACAUGCCGGCGUGCCUGUCGAGGAACAAGAUCGGCAACUACGAGUGGUUCGAGGACUACGGGUGCCGCUUCAUGGGCGCCAGCGGCAUCGUCAUCAACUCCUCGGUCGAGCUCGAGCGCGGGGUCCUCGCCGCGAUCGCGGACGGCCGCUGCGUGCCGGGCCGCCCGGCUCCGGCGGUCUACGCCAUCGGUCCCGUGCUCUGGUUCUCGGCGCUCGAGCAGCCGCACGCGUGCGUCCGGUGGCUCGACGCGCAGCCGCCAGCCUCGGUCGUGUUCCUCUGCUUCGGAAGCAAGGGGUUCAUCGACAAGGAGCAGGUCGGGGAGGUCGCCGCCGGCCUGGAGCGUAGCGGACAUCGGUUCCUCUGGGUGCUGCGGGGCCCGCCGGCCGCCGGGUCCAGCCACCCGACGGACGCUGACCUUGACGAGCUCCUCCCGGAGGGGUUCCUGACGAGGACCCAGGGGCGCGGGCUCGUGUGGCCGGCAUGGGCGCCGCAGAAGGAGGUCCUGGCGCACCCGGCCGUGGGCGGCUUCGUGACGCACUGCGGGUGGAACUCGACGCUGGAGAGCCUCUGGUUUGGCGUGCCGAUGGUGCCGUGGCCUCUGUACGCCGAGCAGCACCUGAACGCGUUCGAGCUCGUCAGGGUCAUGGGCGUCGCCGUCCAGCUGAAGAAUAUGGAGGUGAGUGAGGUGGAGCCCUUUGUGGAGGCGGCGGAGCUGGAGCAGGCGGUGCGGGGCCUGAUGGGCGAGACGGAAGAGGGGAGGAAGGCGAGGGAGAAGGCAGCGGACAUGAAAGCCGCGUGCCGGAAAGCCGUGACAGAAGGCGGGUCCUCGUACAUUGCGCUUCGGAAGCUCAUGAGCGAGAUCUCAUCUGGCGGAGGGGGCACCGCCUCCGUGACGGGGUGACGGGGUGACGGCUGGGGAGAGGCUCGCCGUGUUAUGGUCGGAAAUAGCACGUCGGGUAUGUGUCAUGAACUCAUAAUCAAAUUUGGUGCGAUCUAAUGGCUUAAUGGCGUGUUUGCCAUGUUAAAAAUAAUCGAGAAUGUUUAUUAUAGCUCGCUAUUUCUGUGUUUAUCGUCAACUAGAGUUGGAUUGAAUUUCGAUUAUCGACUUCUUUUUCUUC